UCUAUAGGGGAGUGAUGACAAAGGCCACGAGGGACCGGAUGGCAAAGCAGAAAUGAGAGAUCUGACACGAGACUUCAUGGAAACCAAUCCUAGUGUUGUGAACGGCCACCAAGUCUUUGAAGGAGACAUGGUCUUGACGGAGAGCCAGUGGCGAGCGGUCAGGGAGAGGAAGGCUCUUGCAGACCUCUCUGCGCGCUGGCCUGAACAGGGCGGCUUCCCCACCGUGCCCUACUACCUCGACACUACCGAUUCCGCCACUGUGGCUGCCAUAAAUGCAGGGAUUGCUCACUGGGAGCAAAACACCUGCAUCAGAUUCCAGCUCACGUCCAACCUCGCUCAACGGCACGUCAGGUUUUUUGAAGGGUCUGGAUGCUGGUCGUUUGUCGGCAUGCUGGCCCAGAAUGGACAAGACAUUUCCAUUGGAAGUGGCUGCAAAGAACUCGGCAUUGUCGCCCAUGAGAUCGGCCACGCCAUUGGGUUCGUGCACGAGCAGAGUCGCCCCGACCGUGACGACUAUGUGGUCAUCAAUUAUGGCAACAUCCAAACUGGCAAGGAACACAACUUCAAUAAGUACAGCACGUCAGUGGUCAACACCUACGGCAUACCAUACGACUACUCAUCCGACAUGCACUACGGUUCUACAGGCUUCACCAACAACGGCCAGACGACCAUCGCCACCCUAUAUCCCUUGGCGCAGGAGCUCAUCGGCCAGCGCACGGGACUCUCUCACAGGGACAUACUAUUGGCCAACACCAUGUACGGCUGCAUCGAUAAGUGGCUUGCUGCUUGCGGAGUGGACGCCGACCCCUGCCAGAACGGCGGGUUUUAUGGAGAAGGCUGCGCUUGUGUGUGUCCCUCGGGCACCUCAGGGGCCAACUGUGAGACGGUGACGGGAGACUACUACGACGAGUUGACGAAUCCCUGCACUGAGAAAGUAACUCAGGAAGGCACCCUCACCUCGCCGGGCUAUCCAAGCAACUACCCAAAGAUCCAGUGCGUCAAGUGGAUUGUAGCUCCCGCAUGCCACGUGCCCAGAGUGACCUUCUCAGACUUUUACCUGUACGGAGAGAAUCCCUACUGCGGAUCGACUACAGAGACGUGCUGCUACUUUGAUGGCCUGGAGAUCAGAACCGACAACUUGUACGACGGUGAAGUGUAUUGUGGCACGGACAUCACUGCAGGCCAGACCUUCACUGGAACCGGUCAAGAGAUGGUUUUAUACUUCAGGGCGAUAAGUAAUAAUAUUCGCAGGGGAUGGUCUGCCCAAAUCACCUUUGUGCCGCAACCGGGAUGCACAACCACCACUGCAGAAACCUCCACCACCACCACCACCACAGCAACAACAACCACCACUACAGAACCCACCACCACCACCACCACAGCAACAACC